GCUGCCAUGACGUACGCCUUGUCUGCCAGCUCGCAACUAAAUAAGGUGCUGCGCUCCCACUACCUCAGCCUUCCUCAGGGAGGUCUCUGUCAGGUCACCUAUGUUUGGAUCGAUGGCUCUGGGGAAGGCCUUCGAAGCAAAACCCGAACCUUGGAGUCUGAACCCGGCAGCAUAGAGGAUAUUUCAGAGUGGAACUUUGAUGGAUCUAGCACGAACCAGUCUGUGACUGCCGAUAGUGACAUGAUCCUGCUUCCGGUGUGUAUAUUCAGAGACCCUUUCACUUUGGACCCUAACAAACUUGUACUCUGUGAGGUGCUAAAGAACAACCGUAAACCUGCAGACACUAACCAUCGGCAUGCCUGUAAGAAAAUCAUGGAGAAGGUGAAGGAUUUCCAACCAUGGUUUGGGAUGGAGCAGGAGUAUACUUUGCUGGGGAUAGAUAGACAUCCAUACUCCUGGCCAUCAAAUGGUUACCCCAAACCACAGGGACCAUAUUAUUGUGGAGUGGGUGCAGAUAGAGCUUAUGGCAGAGACAUUGUAGAGUGUCACUAUAAAGCAUGCAUUUAUGCAGGCAUCAAAAUUUUUGGUGCCAAUGCUGAGGUGAUGCCUUCUCAGUGGGAAUUCCAGGUCGGUCCAUGUGAAGGAAUUGUAGCAGGAGAUCACUUGUGGAUGGCACGCUUCCUAUUGCACAGAGUGUGUGAAGACUUUGGUGUAAUCGCCUCUCUGGACCCCAAACCCAUCCCAGGGAACUGGAAUGGAGCUGGCUGCCACACUAACUUCAGCACUGUGGCCACUAGAGCAGAAGGAGGGCUGGAGCAUAUUGAGAUGAUCAUAGAAAAAUUACGCGCACGUCAUGUCCAGCACAUCCGAAUCUCAGAUCCUCGUGGUGGGCAGGACAACCAGAGGAGACUUACUGGCUUUAACGAGACCUCCAACAUGCAAGAGUUUUCAGCUGCUGUGGCUAGUCGGGGAGUCAGCAUCCGCAUUCCACUGCAAGUUAGCCAGGACAAGCGUGGAUACUUGGAGGAUCGCCGGCCUGCCGCCAAUUGUGACCCAUAUGCUGUGACCGGUGCUAUUGCUCAGACCUGCCUAAUGGAGGAUGAGGAGGAAGAUCUCCUGAGUGACCUGGAUAUUAAUGAUUUUGAGUAA